CGUUGUUUUGUAUCACGAAAAUGCAAUGGCCGCCAUCUUCGACUCUUGUGAAUGUUUUGGUCGUAGUUCCGUACUUUAAGAGCUUUUUAAUUUGUGCUAUGAAAAUAUUUGAUGGAAAUUGAUUAAAGUCAUCGUGGGAAUUCGGUUUAAGAUUUAGUAAAGGAAGUGAAAUAAUGUGAGUUUUCAAUAAAAAUUUGGAACAAUGACCUCAACUGUCGUGUACUUAGACGAGGGUUAAAAAUAUUUUCCCGAAUGUAAUAUGCCCCAUUCAACGUCCAAUUCUGAAGAUAUCGAUGGCCCAGGGAUAAAAUAUCAAUUUUCGAUUACAGUCACGUAAUAAAACCUUGGAGGCCAGGGAGCUCUCCAGUGCAUCAUCUAGGGUUUGACCCAAGAUGAUAUACUCAGUAUGUCAGCUACAUCGGAAUAUGAACCUGUGGCCCGGCAAAAUUACGGGCCAACCACCUCCAGUGAUAGUAUUUUUGAACACAUCUUGGAAUCCAAAGUAAUUACUAAUAUGGAUGUACCAAGUAUUCGCACUCCUGUUUUAAGGGCGAUCCCCUUGUCCAGUAAUGAUGGUGAUCCAGAACCAGACUCCACUAACCAUGAAAGUAUUAUAAAAUCUGCACAUAAAGAAGAAAACAAAGACGUCAAUUAUGACACUAAUGAAAAGAGAUGUGAAGAGGAAAUGUCAGUAGAUUCCCUUCCUAGAAUAGUGAGAAUUGAAGAAGCUAAUCUUGAAAAUGUGGGACACAUUGCAUAUCCCAUAUUACAAGAUGAUGAUACAACUAAUGUUAAUUUUGUAGAAAACACAGCAACUAUAAUUCAAGCACCUCUCAAUAGUGCUAUUGUUCAAAAUGUUACCAAAUUGCCUCAAAACUUUACAAUAAAUAUGGAUGGUGCCGUCGGUAACAUAGCAUCUAUACAAAAUGUAUCCCAAGACGUAACAGGAAGCCAAACUUUAUGGCUACCUACAAUUUUAGCUACUAGUGCACCAACUAAUAUUAAAAAUGAGGAAGAUAGACCAGCAAGUGUCUCACAAAUCAUAAUCACUAGUGAAAGUUAUAUGACUGACCCUAGCCCCAGAAGAGCCAAUAUAAUAGAAGCCAAUUAUUCCAAUCGCCCCAAGAACUCUAAAGUUCAGAUCUUAAGUAACAUAUCUUUACCUAAAAAUUCAAACUAUACCCAACAAUAUAUUACCCAAACGAAGGAUAUAACAACACAAGUAUAUGGAACACAAAAUCAUGUUUAUAAACUGAGUGCUAAUGUUGUAUCACAAAAGCAAAUUAACAAUUCAGUACUUUGUACUAAACCACCAAAAAGUCAAUCACUUAUCGGUGGAGCAACACUAUCACCUGCAAUAAUAAAUAAUAGCCCGGUAAAGAAUGUUUCUUACGGGCAUACGUUUACUAAGAGCACAAACAUAAGUAAGGUAAACAAUGGUGCUAAUCUGAAUGCAAUGGUUGCCGCAUCAACUAGUAGCAUGCAGUGUCACAUUUUAUCUCGGGUGGUCUCUGGACCUAACAAAGUGUCAGUGCACGGGAAAAAAUCAGUAAACGCUGUAAAGGGAAAAAAUUCCCAAGUGCAAAAGAAUCAAUCGAGACCUAUUAAAAUAAUACAGCAGGCUGGUACUGCUCAAAAAUCAGAAAGCAAGACAUGGCCCGUUGCCAAUGUCACUUACAAGACUGCCUCUUCUUUUGUGGAAUCGAAUACUUCAAAAGUGAUACAAAAGGUUGGUAGUCCUAACAAAAACCAAACUCUAAAAAUGCAGAAAACUGAGAGAUUGGUGCUGCAAUCUCCUUGUGGGCCAGUAUUGCUUACGACAGCUCCUGUGACGACAAACCUGCCGAAAGGCCCUCAUUAUGUUCAGUCUGGGGCAACACCCAACCUUAGAUAUGUUCAGACAUAUGGUGCUGAGAAUCAACUUUCCACCAUUUCCCAGGUGUCGGCUAACCAACAGUUGACAGCACAAAUACUACAAUCACUGUCUCAACCAAAAGUUAUGGGACAGAGUCCCGCACAUAUUUCCUUAAAACGGAAUAAUAUUCUUUUGUCACCACAGGCUAUUGAGGAACCUCUCGAGAUAAAACCGGCAAAACAAAAAAGGAUUAUGUAUGGAGACAAGUCAACUUUACUCACGGCAGAUGAUAUCAUUGGCACUGAAGAGAGACCUAACUUGUCUGAAGAGUUACGUCGAUAUUCACAUCAGGGAUUAGUCUUUGUCAUGUUGGAUCACACGUAUGCAUUGCCAGUACAAAAGCAACCAGUGGUUUCAUCACCGACGAGUGUGGCUAUUACUUCUACCACUACCACAGUAGCCGUAACUCUUACUACUCCACCACCUAUUGUGUCACCAAUGAUAUCGUCAACACCGGCGCCAAUGAGUCCUAUGAAAACUUCACCAGCUCUCACUAGCACAUUUGACUUAGCUUUGACUCCAGUACCGACAACUCCAAUCUCAGUACCGAUUCCAGUUACAUCUUUGCCUUUAAGCUCCAUAACCUAUAAACCACAAACACAAUCGAAUCAAGACGACGAUGCAGCAUCUAUUAUUUCCUCUAUUGAGGGUGAGAGGAGGCCACCCGAGCAAGGGGGAAGCGAUACAGAGACCGCCCCUGAAGGUGAGGAAGAAGGGAAAACUAGGUGUAUCUGUGAUUUUACCCAUGACGAUGGAUACAUGAUAUGUUGCGACCGAUGUGGAGAAUGGCAACACGUUGACUGUAUGGGUAUUGACAGAAACAACAUACCUGAUGCCUAUAUGUGUGAGCUCUGCCAGCCCCGCGCUGUAGAUCGUCGUCAUGCUCGUGCCAUACAGCUAAGAAAACGGGAAGAAUUGAGCGCUCUCGGAGCAUCGGAUUCAGAUUCUUCAGAAUGUCAUCGACUUCCCGGACAAAGACGAAAGAGGUUAUUAACUGUAACUACGUAUACCAACACCAGUGGCAGUUGUGUCACUACUUAUAAUUCAAAUGCCCCAGUAUUACCGCCCUUACCGCAGCCGUCUCUACCCCCGUUGCCCCCGAAAAGAGGGCCAAAACGACCUAAAAAGGCGGAAAUGGUGAAGAAAGUUACAAAAAGAAAACUUACGGAAAAGCGCGUAAAGCGUAAAAAGGAAAUGAUGAUGAACAGAAACAAAUACAACUCAAAUGUAUCAAAUAACCAAAUGCAUUGGCGAGAUCUUUAUGAAAUCGCUGUAACUAAUCAUUACAGUCCUGAAUUGCGAGCAAAGAUAAUGAAAUACAGUAGCAAGCUCGGAAACACAUCCAAUAUGGCUUCGGCAAUCACUGCACAUUUAUGUACCACAGUACCACAUGCAGGCGGUAAAAUAUUAAUAGCUACUAAAGACCUCAAAGAAAAUACUCCAAUAAUUGAAUUGAGAGGUAAAUAUAUGCUUUCUAAUCAGCACAGACCUCAGUUGCAAAACUCUGUACGGGCUGGGAGUCAGAAACCUGGCCCGUUUGUAUUCUUUUACAGAUUGCCAAAAGACAACACUCAGAUAUGUAUAGACACGAGAACGUAUGGCAACGAAGCGAGAUUUGUGCGCCGGUCGUGUAAGCCAAAUGCAGAAUUACAGCAUUGUAUUGUUAAAGGUGCUUUGCAUGUAUAUUUGGCGACAAUUGGCGUGAUUCAGUCAAAUACUGAGAUUACCGUGGGCCAUGACGCUGAUAAUAGUAAACAGCCGUGUGCAUGUGGUAACCCUAAGCAUUGUAAAAUAAAUGGUUUCAGCCCUGUUUCCUUACCUCCUCGUAAGAGCAUGGACCUUCCCUUGCGAGAAAAACGAAGUCGAAACAGGUGCUAUAGUUCGUCAUCACCGCUAUCUCCUCCUUUGGGAUCAAUUUUGACUACACCGACAAAAGAAAAUCCACCACCGUUUAAGUGUGAGCCACCAUUAAUAAAACAAGAAAAACGCUCACCAAUAAAGCAUGAGUUACCGCCAAUGUCACCAAUAAAAGAACCAAUGCUAUCGCCAGAAUAUUAUGAACCUAUUAAGCCUGAAUCUGAUGUGAAAGAAGAGUUCUAUCAAGAAAUAGACUUGACUGCUAAAGAAGAAAUGAAAUCAGACUUUGACGAGCCAGAUUUUAUUAAAAUUGAACCUAAACUUGAAGAAACGCCAAAAGAUAUUAUUCAGUCACACACACAGUUUAAGCCAGAUGAUACAAUGGAAUUUGAGAAAGUUGAAACAAAAUUGGAAAUAUUUGAAACAAAAGAAGAACCAAUUUUGCCUACAUUUUAUGCCAAAAUGGAAAAGCUCAAUGAGAGUUUAGAAAUGAAAGUUGAACAAAUGAAGAAAGAAGAACCAGUAAAAGAACUACCAGAAAAAUUGGAGGAACCAGAGUUAGAGGAACCUAAAGAAGAAAAACCUAAGAUUGAAGAUGUCACAGAAGAAGAAAAUCUUCUAACUAAAGAAGUAACGGCAAAAUCGGCAUGUCAUGACCGCUCUGCAAGAACUAGCAGAACUACUUGUGUUAAUCAAGACUCACUUGAUGACAAAACUGAUGAUUCUCAAGAUAAAAUGCCAACUACCAGCAAGGGAAAGGAAAAGAGGAAAAUGACGCGUGAAGAACGUAAAAUGGAGGCUAUAAUGAAGGCAUUUGAGAGAAUGGAAAGGGCCGAACAAAGAAAACAAGAAGUGAAAGAGAGGCAAAAACGAAGGGAGUCUGACCCGCAUCCACACAACUUCACUGAAAAGGAAGAUGAAGAAGAUGUACAUAAUAGCUUUAAAAAGAGAAAACGACGCAGAGGUCGUGCUCGCACAUCUUCACAAUCAAACAGAAGGCGAUUAAAUUCAGCAGACAGUGAUCUUGUGACCUCAGGUGAUGAAGCCCAACCAUUCUCGCCGCCUCACGAACCUUGUAGAAAUGAUCCAGUCACGCCCAUAAAUGAGAUCAAACCACAGGAAUCUAUGCCAGACAAUAUUGGAUUGAGUUCAGCGUGCUUACUAGUAGAAGCCGCCGUUGGCUCGGUUGAAUCCGCUUUCAAACAGCCAAAAACUAAGAAAACAAUGGCUAAUGAAUGGAUUGGUCGUUCGCCAGAGAGGACACCAUCGCCUUACAACUCGCCAUAUCGACCGUCUCUAGUUUCGACUACCUCUUUGGAAAGUUUGGUCAGAGUUGCCUCAACGAUGAUCGGCGAUCUUAGCGGUGGGCAAGAUUAUCAUGAAGAAGAGCAGCUCCAGUCGCCACCACUGACUCCAGGGAAAGAUAGAAGUAGACCACCAAAGAAAGCUAAGAGAGUAACACGAAGUACACCGGCGAUUGAAACACCUGAAUUCCCACAAAACCACAGCGCAAAGAAACGAUGGUUGCGACAGGCUAUCAGCGAAGAGAGCGAUUCGCCAUGUCUCGACACAUUUGUUCCAGAAUCUCCACCCAAUGAAAUGGUGACACCGUUGAAGAAACGAAGAAUGGCCAGAGAAUCUUUAUCGUGUGAUCAAAAUCCACAUGAUACUUGUAACGAUGAAGUUUCACCAGUAAUGACAUCUGAAGAUUCACCGGUCAAGGAAGAUUCUCUCGCUUUAGCUCGUCAAUACAAGCGUAACAUAAUGGAUAUGUAUGCACGAGACAGAACGCGUUCUGACAGUGGCCAAGGUUCCGACGACCAAUGCAAUAUCGAUCACGAUGUUCUUAAUGUUAAAUUGGGAGCGCACAACACUGAACAUAUCCGCCGAAUUAUUGGCGUUCCUGAUGAUAUACCGGAAGUACCUAAAGAAGAAGACAUAGCUGUCAACAAUAACAAUAAUUUAGAAGUAGAAGAAACAAACAAUAAAGUUGUUCCAAUGGAGAUAGACACAACUGUGAUAACGCAAUCCAAAAUAGAAUCUAAUGAAGUUCACACUGAUAUAAAAUAUAGUGCCAGUCCUAUUGAGAAGGUACAAAGCUCACAAUCGGCAGACACGAGUGGUAAUUCAUCACCGCAACGAGAUGAAAUGGAUGAUAUUCAGAAAAAAAUACAUUCAUUUCACACAGAGAACAUACUUUUUCUAAAAAGCAGAAAUAAGAAACCACCAAAAGAGAAACGGAAGAAGGUGAAUUUGAACUUUGAUCUUAACAUGGUUGAUGAUCAAAUCAGUAUUCAAUUGAGAACGGAUGAUACUAGUAAUUCAGAAUUCAACGGUGACAUUCAUGAUGAUACAAAUUCACAUGAGGAAAUGAAGAUAUCACCUGAAAAUAUACCUCUACCGCCUGUUGAAUCAAUACCGUUGCCGGCACCAGAGACUAUACCGCUACCGGAAGAAAUAAAUCCAAUGGCCAUAGUGCCUUCUCCGGAAACAAUACCACUUCCGGAAGAGCCAAUGAAACCUCUUAACCAAAUCGAAGCAUGCCCCGACUCGCCCAAGCUAGAAGCAGUCGAAAGGCCGUCCGUGCUAGAUUCGGCGCCGUUUUCCCCAAGAUUUGGCUCCACCGGCCUCUUCUCGGGCCUCUUCAGUAACAUGCCAAAUUCAUUCAAGGACUCGUCCAUAAACGAGAAUAUACCAAAUAUGUCGUUAAUAAAAAGUGCAAUAGAUAGGACUACAAGUUUAGACGCUAGUAUAUUCGAUAAAGACAGUAUAACUCCAGUGGACGAACUGAAAAGUGUUCAGGAGAUACUGACGCGAGUGAAUAAUAUGGACUCAAAUAACAGUGUGUUGUUGUCGGGUGUGUUGAAGAGUUCGAAUAAGGGCGGGCUGUUGGACGCGCCAGUGCCUUCCUCGUCUCCCGCCCGCCCUGCCAAGCCCUACUGCCCUCGCACCAAUGACCCAAGGCUGAAUCCUCCGCUAGCUGAUAAACCCAAACCAGUUAGAAGAAAGCUCUCUAUAACCGAAUAUCGAAAGAGACAUAAGGGAGCAACGGCUUCCGACGAUGCGUCAGCCGAGGGUGGGGAACUGGGUCUGGGGCCAGAAUGGUCUUCCGGGUCCACCAAUUCAUCGGGGUCAGCGUCUCUCUCACCGCAAAGGCUCGAAGCAGCAGCGGCGGCAGCAGUUGAUGAGCUGGAGCAGCGUUUGCAUAAAGACCUCGGUUCGCAUAUGCCUAAAGGUGUGUUCGACGCUCAGCCAACAGCCUCAGAGCGACAGCGGGAAAAUCUAAGCUCUCGGCUUCGAAAAGAAUUUGGCCUCGCAUUACCUGAUGAUGAGGAAGCGAGACCUGCCACCGAACCCUCGGAUGUCGCUGAGGUUGCGAAACGCUGCGAGAGGUAGAGGCGUGCGCACACAAGAUAAGAUAAUAUUUUUGUAAAUCUCACCUGUCGCUUGUAAUGUAAAUUUUUUAACGAUUCGUGUGUAAGUUGUAUAUUUUCAGUUUUAUCGAUUUCUUCGACUUCACGGUUUUCAAGUACAAAUUUUUAUUUCCCCUCUGUAUAUAAUGUAUAUAGUGUGUAAUGUAAGACGUAGUAUACGGUAGGGUUAUUACGGAAUUAAACCCGUAGUCGCACGACUUGCGACUAGUCGCAGUUAUCGACAAUGAUCGUACAAUGGUCGCUUGUGAUAAUUAAAUAGACUUAUAACUUAUUAGCAAAAUUGACAUUUCUUAGGCCCGUAUUCCUGAACGAUGUUUAAACUUUAAGAGCCGUCAAAUUUUUUAUUCGGAGUUUGACAUCAAGAUGAGAUUGUGUCUUGAGUUAUAACUACGGGCCUAACACGAUAUUAUACAUUUAAAUGUUAGAUUAAAAAGCAGUCUAUGUCUUCCCAAUUUCAGAUACUUUUGUAUCAUCGACGAAGGUGCUUUUUUUGUUUCUUAGUACCAAUAUAUUGCGACUGGUCGCAACCCGUGCGACUACCGAUUAUAUCGCAAUACCCACAGUAUAGUGGCAUAAAGAUUUUUAUAUAUGUACAAUGUAUAUGUAUCUUAUUGAUAUGUUAAUUUAUUUGGUAGCGUCCUAGGGUACGUUGACUAGAUUUUUAUACGCAUAAUGUAAGUAAAUUAUAGUUGUUUUUAUUGUUUUAUUUUUUAGUAUACAGUUUGGGCGUGUCUAGACGUAGUAGUGGAAGUUAGUCGAUAUGAAAUCACUUCGCCAUUGAUGUUUACGUCGGUAAUUUCUUUUGGCGCGUAAUUUUUGACAAUUUACAAUUGACGUUUGAGUGUUGCCAGUAUAAGUCUUUACCCAUCACACUAAUUUUAAAACCACUUUGGGAGAUAAAAUUAUAGUUUUAUUUUUUGUCUAUUGAAAUACAGUUUUAAUUAUUUUUUAAGAUUGUAUUGCAUACUUAACAACCAAUAUACAACGAAUGUAUGUUGUUACCAUUAAAUUAUACAGUAUGUAACAAAAACUCUUUUAAACCUAGAAUACAGAAAAAGCUCUAGACAAGUAUUAUAUUUAUUUUCCGGGAAACUAUUCCCGUUACUUAACGAGACUCUUGUGCAUGAAAUUGCAAAUGACACUGCCCAAUAAUAUCGUUAAUAAAAAAUUGCGCGUAAAAUAGCCUUUUUCAUAUUUAUUAAAAUCGAAAUUCAAAUUUGGGGUCAAUCACCUCAUAAUGGUCGUCUGACUUAACAUCUGUUUAUGAAUUUCUAUACUAAUAUUACGAAGAGGAUUUUAUUUUUAUAACGAAUAUAGUCGAGAACUACUGGAUGGAUUUCGAAAUGAGCUAAUUCUAAAAUAUUUAAAAAAAUUGUCUAUGUGAAAAACAUUAAGUUAAAAAUGUAGUAAAAGCAAUAAUAAUAUAACUAUUUUGUUAGAUCGUAUAAGUUAUAGAUUACAGAGUUUUUGUUACACACACAUGUUUGUAUUACACCGUGUAGAUUAAACUAAAGCUAAGUACAUUGAAGGAUUCCCGUUUCCCACUCUAGACAGUUUCAAUAAUUAUAAUUUGCAAAAAGAUUAAUAGCCCCAGUGAUUGCCUAACAUAGUUUUUAGAGUGUCACAAUCUUCGUCUAGUCUCAGAUAUAUAAAGCAUACAGCUGAUUUCCCCACAAUUUUUUUUGCACAAGUAAAAUUUUCAAAGCCCCUACAAAAUGUUCUAUAAAAAGUUCACUUCUAAUGAAAGAAUAGCUUCGCAUGCGCAUUUCGCCUCUAUUUACUUAACGUGAAUGGUCAAUUAUUUUGUCAUUGCGUAUAUUAUAAGAACGUAGUAAAACUACAAUCGCCCAGUGUCAUUAUUUGGAUUGCUCAAGUCAGCUGAUUUGUGUUGAUCUCGGGGUGGUCGGGUCGAAAUUAUAUUCUGUUUUCAAAAUUCUCUUUUGUUUGGAGAACCGCCUAUACUUUGAAGGCAGAGCGUUUUGUGAUUUGAACUCGUUUAAUGAUUUAGAACGCGUGCGUCGUGCAUGUGUAUAAGGGAGCGUUCAAGUAUUACGCAACGAAUUUGUGAGGUCUUGUACGUUAUUACGCGUUAUAGGGACGUUUGAACUCCGCGUUAUAAAAAAAAAUAUUUUUUUAUAACAUGUAUUAACGGGAUUAAGCGAAAAUAAAGUUAUUUUAGCGACUGUCUAGUACUUUACGCCACAUAAUUGUGAAUUUUUGCUAAAAAUGUUCCCUUGGUGUUCAUAUCGUUUUGGAGGGGGCCCGAAAAUUUCCCAAAAAUUGCGUUACGUAAUACUUGAACACUCCUUAACCGGUUCUGCACAAACUUGUACAUACACUUGCAAUUGUCUCGCUCCCAGACGAUUUAGCGUCCGGAGACACUUGUUAUCUACUUAAUAAAUUCGUUUCAAUAAGCAUAAUCGAUCUUAGGUUUUAGUCAUGUGUUGCAAUAAUCGCCUAAAGGCUUAGUAAAAAUCUAGACACGAAAAUGAUUAAGCUAUUUAACUGUAAUUCAUGAUAUAUUUUUUGUACAGAAAUCUAUUCUAGCGUGAGAAGUGACAACUCGUCGAUGAAAGAAAUUGUAAAUAUUUAAAUCUGGUUGUUAAUAGAAUGUAACAUUGUCGCUUAUUCACUUAAAGUUAAAGUGCAUUUUCGUCUAUGCCAUAUUUAUUUUUAAUUUAUUUUAAUUAUUAAAGCGUCUCAGGCCCUUACGUGUACAGGAGUUUUGGUUUAAUCUAUGUUUUAAUUACCAGAUCUUGAAUUAUACCUAAAAGGUUAUCUAUCUAUCUAUAUAUACCUUGAUUCUCUAUUUAUUUCUAUGCACUUUAACAUCUCGUAGGCGUAUUUAGAUGAAAUCUUUGUGAUAAAAGUUUUUAAUAUCAUUCAGUAGAGAAAUGUGUAACUGUAAAUAUAAUAAUUAAUGUUUAAGCGAAAAGCUAAAUAUAUUUUGUUAACAAUUAUAAAUCACUUCCUAAUGUUUGCCUGUCAGAUUGAUUAAUUUUACUCCCACGUGCGAGUCUUUGUGUAUUAAUUUUAAGGCAUUAAAACGGAAUAUUUUGCAAAAAAGUGUUCUGUCGAAGUACUGAGAAAGGUCAAUGUUGCAUCUUGACAAUUUUCCUUGAACUUCGACGGGACACGGGUAUUUUUUUACUUUAAGUGGAUCAUUAAAAAGAGCUGUAUAUUAUCCAGAUGUUAAAUAUUGAUUAUUUCUUGCUUAAUGUUUGAACUAAGCAUGUAAAAUUAAAAAUAAUAUAGAAUAAAAGAUGUUACGAUAAUUACAUAAAUCUUCGUUUGAA